GUGUCGCCACCAGGAAGUGACUUGCCGUCGCUAGGCUCGGCCUGGCAGGAUGUUGUCCUAAACAAAGUAGACUUAUCCCGCGGAUUGCCCACUCAUCAAUGGCACCAGUAGGCUGACCGUCACUCGACUAUCGACUUUUGGUUGAAACACAUACCCAAUUGUCAAUUUCACUUUGUCUGAAAUGGCUCCUGGAUAAAAAAAGAGAGAACAUUCCAGAAGCACCGGAGACUGCGAGGUUGCGAGUGCGGCCAAGAGCGGAGUGGCCUGCUGUCGCGAAGAAAGCUUUGCAGCUGGUGGGAACGGGCAGCGAGUCGCCGCUCAUUCUGUAAACGCAAAACAACAAAUUACCCCUCCUCAAAUUGACCCUUGGUUCCCUUCCCUAUUCCCCUUCCUGAUUGUGUUCUGAGAGAGGUCGGACCAAUAUCAUCGCCAAGAUAGCUGGGCCAGGCAGGAAGCGGCACACCUCAGAUCCAGACCCCAGCAGCGGUAGUGAAUCCGGUGACGGGCGGCCCCUUAGCGCCAAGUGUCUGAAGAUGUCCAGCGGCAGUGGUAACGGGGCCGCGGGCCGACGCAGCGGGGUUCAGAAUCAGCAGAGGGGAGGAGGUGACCAGUUGUCCUCCAGUGCCAGUAAGAAGAAGCAGAAAGACCGAGCGAACCAGGAGUCCAAAGAGGCCAAGAGAGCUGCUGCUGCUGCGGGAGUGGAUGGAGUCCUUGCAGAGGUCAAAAAGGAUGUCUUUGUGGAUUGGAAACAAAAUGCCAAUGAAGUGAUUAUCAAGUUGCGCUGUGGGGAAAGUGUGCAAAAGAUUGAGGAUGUCAACACAACCUUCACUGAUACACACUGUCAUGUGCACUUCUCAGAUGGUCGUGAGUGGACCUGCCAUUUGCAGGAGGAAAUCGAGGCCUCUUGUAGUAGGGUGCAAUACAAAGAGAAGGGAGGAUUUCUGUUGCUCAUCCUGCACAAGAAGAUCCCGAUUCACAUUUGGCCUUCGCUAAAAUGCAACAAGAAGGAGAAAGAAGUUGGACCCAUUGAGACUAAAAAUGCCAAGGCGCCGGCAACUGUAGCUUCAGAGUCACCAGAGCAUCUCGAGUUGUCCUGCCCGCUGACACAACGUCAAUCUCAGGCUCCCUCCUCCCCCUCACGCAACGCAUCAAGAUGCAGCGGCAGCAAAGCCGAGCGCACCGUCAAGCGCCACCUGAAACACAAACAACCAUCUGACAAAACCUCCACGGAGUCUGCGGCGACGACUUUGGGCGGCGGGGACGGCACGGGCGCUUCACCUAAGCCGGUCUCCAUUAAGAAAAGCAACCAGCAGUCCCGAGAGCCCAGUGCGAAGCGCACCAGUGCACAUCUUACCAGGAACACCAAGGAGGACAAGUCUUCUACUGAAAGAGACAUGGACUCAGCCCAGACUAGAACCUCUUAUGCACGCCUGCCUGCUGCCGAGCUCCCUCAAACGCCACACAGAGAUGGAGACGAGAGUUUAGACAGAUUAGUUUGUGAACAUGUACAUGGGAGCGAUGUUGCUGUCGCGAACAAGGUUCAGGAGGCAGAUAAACCAUCUGAUGCUCCAGACACACAGGACAGAGGCGCUAAAACUGGGGCCAGUGAAAACCAACCAGCAGUUCCUGUGAGCGCGAGUGACUCCCUGAAAACGUCGGGCUUCAACAACCAUCUUGACUCCGCCUUUCCAGAAAGGAGCACAGACAUCACGAAUGCCGAGCCGGAGAAAACGGCUCAGCUUCAGCAAUCUGUGCGAGACACUCAAACUCACCAACAGCUCGGUUCGAGAGGGGCCACCCCGGUUUCCUCUCGAGAUGUGUCUGCCGAACAAGAGCCAUCAACAGGUCUGACCCAGAUUGAAGGUAGCUGUGAUGGCGAGGAGAAGCGUGACCAGUCCAAAGAGGAGCCAGCCCCCAUAAAGCAACAGGAAGUGCCAGAGCCGAUGGUAAACCUGCAAUAUGUGAAGAAUGACUCGUACGAGAAAGGCACAGAUUUGAUGGUCGUGAACGUCUACAUGAAGAACAUCUGCAGGAACACAUCGAGGGUCAUUUUCAGGGAGCAGGAUUUCACCCUCAUCUUCCAGACAAGUGAUGCAAACUUUCUUCGGCUUCACCCGGACUGUGGACCAAACACGGUGUUCAAGUGGCAAGUGAAACUCAGGAAUCUGAUACAGCCAGAGCAGUGCUCCUACUCCUUCACCGUAUCCCGAGUGGACAUUACGCUGAAGAAGCGACACAGCCAACGCUGGGAGGGUCUCGAGGCCCCCGCCACACAAGGUGCAGUGGGUGGCGCCAAGGUGGCUGUGCCCUCGAGCCCCGCCUGCACAGAAAAGAGCAAACCUGGCAGCAGUCAGCACAGCCUGCCGAGCAAGGAGGAGCCCCCCAGGGUCAGUGAGGAGAAACCAAAGGCCCCUAAAGCCCCACCCAGAGUGGAGGACAGUGGUCUGGAUACUGUGGCUCCUCGUACAGUCUCUGACCACGUGGCCAUCCCUAAGCCAGAGCCCACUGUUCUGACGCCUAAGCCAACAUGCAUGGUGCAGCCCAUGACCCACGCACCCCCUGUUAGUAAUGAGCACCACGAGGAAGAGGAGGAGAAGAAGGUGUGCUUGCCUGGUUUCACAGGAUUGGUCAACCUCGGAAACACCUGCUUCAUGAACAGUGUCAUUCAAUCCCUGUCCAACACCCGAGAACUCAGGGAUUACUUUCAUGAUCGAGCGUUUGAGUCCGAAAUCAAUUGCAAUAAUCCAUUGGGAACAGGAGGCCGGCUAGCCAUUGGCUUUGCGGUGCUGCUCAGGGCUCUUUGGAAAGGAACCCACCAUGCCUUCCAACCCUCGAAGCUCAAGGCAAUUGUGGCCAGUAAAGCCAAUCAGUUUACAGGCUAUGCCCAGCAUGAUGCCCAGGAAUUCAUGGCCUUUUUACUUGACGGCCUCCACGAGGACUUGAAUCGUAUUCAGAAUAAGCCAUACACGGAGACGGUGGACUCCGAUGGUCGCUUGGACGAGGUGGUGGCAGAGGAAGCAUGGCAGAGGCACAAGAUGAGAAACGACUCAUUCAUCGUCGAUCUCUUCCAAGGCCAGUUCAAAUCCAAGCUUGUUUGUCCCACGUGCUCCAAGGUGUCGAUAACAUUUGACCCCUUCCUGUACUUGCCUGUCCCAUUGCCACAGAAACAAAAGGUGUUGUCAGUUUUCUACUUUGCCAAGGAACCGCAUAAAAAACCCAUUAAGUUUUUGGUGAGUGUGAGCAAGGAGAACUCCAGCACUGCAGAAGUCCUUGAGUCCAUCUCCAGGAGUGUUCGGGUCAAGGCUGAAAACCUCAGACUUGCAGAGGUGGGGAAGAACUGUUUCCAGCGAAUGUUUUUGCCCUCUCAUUCCCUGGACACCGUGUCGUCCUCAGACAUGUUGUUCUGCUUUGAGAUACUCUCCAAAGAUCUGGCCAAGGAGAGAGUCGUGUUGCUCCGAGUGCAGCAGAGACUACAGGUUCCCAAUAUCGCCAUCUCAAAGUGUGCCUCCUGCCUAAAGCCUCCAGUCUCUGAGGAAGAUAAACUGAAGCGCUGUACUCGCUGUUACAGUGUCGGCUACUGCAAUCAAUUGUGUCAAAAGACCCACUGGCCGAAUCACAAAGGUCAGUGUCGACCCAAUACCGAAAAUGUGGGUCUGCCAUUCCUGGUUAGUGUACCCGAAUCCCGGCUCUCCUAUAGCCGCCUCACUCAACUCCUGCAUGGCUAUUCCAGGUUUUCAGUCAAUGUGUUCCAGCCUCCUUUCCAGUCAGAGAGGACAUCCCCCGAAAUAUCUCCAGCACUCCCGCCACCACCAGCAGGUUCUCUUGGUGAUACAGGCUCAGGAGAUGAGGCCAUGGGCGGAAGCAGUACUCCAGAAUUAACUGACUGCAGACCCAAGAAUAGCACUCCGAUGCUUGACCCCCCGAAACCACACGCCUAUACCUCAUCCCAUGAUUCUGGUGAUGCUAUUCGCCCUACUUCCCCCCAGACGUUUCUCUCCACCACACAGACGUCAGACUCUGGGUUCUCAGAGUCCAUCUCCUCUCCUUCCUGCUGCUCUCCGGACACCCAUAUUGAAAAAGAAACGUCUUGUGAGAAGGCAGUACGGCCAGAAGCCGCAGUAGCCGGGUAUCAACAACCUAAUGAUCCAUCUUCGGGGCACGCUGGUCAGUUCUACAUCAUUCUGCUGGAUUCAAACAACAAGGAGCAGAGACUGGACGAGAAAGAAGAUAGUCUAAUCGACUUACCUGAUGAUGCAACCGUGGAGCUGGUGUGGAAAAACAACGAGCGUCUAAAGGAGUAUGUCCUAGUGAGCGCAAAGGAGCUGGAGUAUGAGGAGGAUCCCAGUUCUUUGAGUGAGACAGCCAGGGCGGGGCACUUCACCCUGGAGCAGUGCCUCAACCUCUUCACUAAGCCGGAGGUGUUGGCACCAGAAGAGGCAUGGUACUGUCCAAAGUGCCAGCAGCACCGCGAGGCUUCCAAACAACUGCUUCUGUGGCGUCUUCCCAACAUUUUGAUCAUCCAACUGAAACGCUUCAGUUUCAGGAGUUUCAUCUGGAGAGACAAGAUUAAUGACAUGGUUGACUUUCCUGUCAGAAAUCUGGAUCUGAGUAACUUCUGCAUUGGUCAGAAGGAUGAGAUGCAGCACCCACCUAUCUACGACCUGUAUGCAGUCAUCAACCACUAUGGUGUGAUGAUCGGUGGUCACUACACCGCCUACGCUCGCUUGCCAAGUGACAGAAAUAGCCAGCGCAGUGAUGUUGGCUGGCGUUUGUUUGAUGACAGCACUGUUACGAUGGUGGAGGAGAGCCAGGUGGUGACGCGAUACGCCUACGUCCUUUUCUACCGUCGUCGAAAUUCCCCCGUGGAGCGGCCGCCGCGCUUCCUCAGACCCGUCGGAGCGGACUCUCCCCCUGCGAUGGGAGCAACUGCCAGUCAGGCCUCUCUAAUAUGGCGGGAACUGGAAGAAGACGAAGAGGGUCAUGAUGAAGCGCCGCACAGACCUUUCUUCUCGGGGCUACGACGGCGACAAGCCCCGAGGACAAGAGAUGAGGACAGAUCAGAAGGGCACCGUCAACACACGGGGAGGAUGUCAGAUUGUCCUGAUGACGAUCGUGCGCGAUAUUUUGUUCUGGGAACCCUGGCUGCCGUGUUUGCCCUUAUGCUCAACUUGAUCUACCCACUUAUUUACAAAUCGAACUAGGCCUGAAUCACAGCUGGUGGAUGAAUUGCUCUGGAGUUGCGCUUGAAAACUCAAACAUCGGCGUUUUGUGUGGAAGCCAUCUCAGCUGUGAUAGUACAGUGGAUCGUCCUCAUGUGAUUUAAAAACAACAACAACAACAACAACAACAAAAAACGCUUAUUAAAAAAAGAAUAUGAUCAGAAAGGAGAGCAAAAAUCCAGAACCCGAAAACUUGGCAAAACAAUAGAAAGCAACUCGGUGUCAGCUGAGCUCCCUCGCGUCCCAGUCCUCACCUUGAAUCACUCAUUGUAUAAUGCAAUGAUUACCCAAAAGCCUUUGCCUCUGUUCAGAGGCACGCAUUUUAUUCCCUUUUGAUUAUAAUGAGUCCUAUAUUUGACAGAUGUAAAAAAAAUAUUUAAUCUCUUUGUUAGGGGUGUCGGUCUUAAUGAUGGGUCUCUGUACGCUUGGGGUGGGUGGAACUGUAAGCAAAAAAAAAAAAAAAAAGAAGCCUAAAAAGCUGUUGUUGACAGACGCUUAACACUCUGCACUAUGCCUUGUUAAUGUACGCCAUCUCGAUGGUAUGAUGUCACUUUAUUUACUGCGCAGCUGUUGGGAAUCCGAUACGCCUGAUCAGUCGUUACCCAGUCUGAGCACUGCUAUGGUAAACUGAACUGUUCUACAAGUUGAACAUGUGGCUUAAUCGAAAAAUGGUAACGAUAACCACAGAAAAUAAAUAAAAUGGUAACCUAGGGGCAUAUUCUCCCAUUUGCACGUUUUU